AUGGACAUCCCCGCGCCUCGGCCGGGCCACGCCCCUGCCGCGCAACGGGCCAGAAGCUCCAGUGCGGCCAAGCCCGGUUCGCUCCACGUCAAUAUGCCCGUGUCGAUGGCGUCGCACGCCAGCACCCGGGCUUCCACCUCUUCCCGGCCCUCGCGCACCGGCAAGGACCGCGAGCGACCCUUGCGGGCCAAGGAUCGGCACAGCCUGGCGCUACAGUCCAUCCGCCACUUUCUUAAGGGCAGGAGCAGCUACGACGUGCUGCCCGUCAGCUUCAGGCUGGUCGUCCUCGACACCAAGCUCGUCGUCAAGCCGGCCUUGGAUGUCAUGUGGCAGGCGGGCGUCGUGUCCGCCCCGCUAUGGCAGUCGACGCCCCCAGAGCUCCUGGCGGCGAAUUCAGACGAGGCCGCUGCAAAGCACGACCAGGCGGCGAAACCAGAGGGCUCGACUUCGGCUGCCACGUCCGACAAGGCGAGUGCUCCCUUGGAGGCCACGGCAGGCUCGCAGACAGAGGAUGCGCCGGGGAACAGCCCGACGCCGGCAACCACAGAAGGCGCCCAGGAUGCACCCGCCACGUCCACAGAAGCAGCGGACGGAGCUGCACAGGCCGACGGCGAUGCACCAGGAGCCGAACCUGACGCAGCGACUGGCGAUCAGGCCGGCGAGGAUAGCGGCUCGCCCGGUCGGGUCAGCCCAAAGACGCAGCAGGAAAGCGCCGGGCAAGAUGGUGCACCAUCAGCCACGCCGACAAAGACCCAAGCGCCGCAGAAGGCCAAGAAGCAGUACCCCGAGUCCGGCUUCGCGGGCAUGUUGACCGUAAGCGACAUCAUCCACCUGAUCCAGUAUUACUACCACCACUCGAGCUACGACUCGGCCGCCGAAGACGUGGAAAAGUUCAGGCUCGAGAGGCUACGAGACAUCGAGCAGGCCCUCAACGUGCCUCCUCCGCCGCUUCUGUCCGUGCACCCGCUGCGGCCCGUGUUUGACGCAUGCGAGCUGCUGAUCAAGACCCACGCGCGAAGGCUGCCGCUGCUCGACUACGACGAGCAGACUGGGCUCGAGGCGGUCGUCAGUGUGUUGACCCAGUACCGAGUGCUCAAGUUCAUCGCCAUGAACUGCCGCGAGACGGCCGGUCUGUGGCGAUCUCUUCGCUCCCUCGGCAUCGGCACCUACUCGCACGCCUACAAAGCAUCCAGGAGUCGAGCUCCCGGCUCCGGAACAGCCUCCCAUCGUGGCUCCGACGCAUCCGAGCCGCGCCUGGUUCGAUCCGAGCAUGGUCCCGUCAUGUCCAUGAGCGAGAUCGAGCCUACGCAGCCCGCCGAGCCCGAGCCCUUGGCGCCCGACAGUGUUGAAGCUGCCGGUGGCAGUGGCGGCGGAGCAGGCGCGAGCCUCGGCCCGGAACCGUUGAUGCAGUCCCCUGUCUCGGCGCUUCAGUCCACGGAUCCGCACUACCCGCUCGCAACGGCGACGCUUGAUACGACGGUGUUCGAUGUCGUCCACAUGUUCAGCGAGCGGGGUAUCAGCGCGGUACCCAUCCUGGACGAGGAAGGCUACGUCGUGGACAUGUACGAGACCGUCGAUGUCAUCACUCUGGUUCGCACUGGUGCGUACCAGGCACUCGACCUUACCAUCCGGCAAGCGCUCGAACGGCGGCCGCCGGAUUUCGGGGGUAUCUGGACCUGCUCCCCGGAGGACAGCCUGGCCAACAUAUUCGCGCUCUUGCGGAAGAGGAGGGUGCAUCGUUGGCUGAUCCUCGAGCCGGAAGGCCCGGAUCCCCGGGGCGGAGGCAACGAUGGCUCCAAAGCUUCCGAUGCCGCAUCAGCCAGCGACGCGAACGGCGAGAAGCAGAGCAGUGCAGAUGGCCUCGACGACUUCGACUCCGACGAAGGCCUCGAGGACGUGGAGGACGAGGCAACAAAGGAGCGCAAGCGCCGCGAGGCGAUCGUCAACGACCCCACCCUGUCCCUCGAUGACCGUCUGGAGAAGGGAGACCCGAUCCGACGCACGCGCGGCAAGCUGGUGGGGAUCCUGUGCUUGAGCGACCUGCUCAAGUACGUGAUCGGCUCGCAGUCGGGCCACUCGCCCUCAUCAACCGAGGCCGGGCCGACAACGAAAGCCUCGCGGAUGGGCUCGUUGCCGCGCAGCCGGGGUACCUCUGCCGCAUCCGAGCCGCCACCGCUACAGGCGAGGAGAGGCUCGAGCGCAGGCGCCACUCACCAGGGCGGUGACGUGGGCGGAGGCGCUGCAGCGGGACAAGCUGGAUUCGACAGCGUCGCGGAAGACCAGGCCGCUGAGCGGAACGGCGAGCAGCAGGCAGAUACAGGGGUGGACCAGGUCGAGCAGAAGGAGCAGCAGACGGAGGACGUCGAGCAGCAGCAACAACAGCAACAGGGAGAAGCGUCGACAUUGUCCACGGCACCCGCCCAGCAGGACGAGUCGCAGCCGUAG